AUGACCCAAAACUUUACCUCAAUCCCAAUACUUGACUAUCCAUCAUCUCAGUCUUCUACUACUAAACCCAAAUUUCUAUCAAAUCUCCGAUCUGCACUAGUUAAAGUCGGCUUCUUUCAGAUCAUAAACUCACCUUUACCACUCCAAUUGCAGCAGAAUGCCUUACGCCUAUCAGCACAGUUCUUCAAACUUUCAACAGAUGAAAAACUUCAGAUAGAGAACAUCCACAGCAGACAUUUCCUUGGGUAUAGCAAGAUCAACAGUGAGAGCACAGCUGCACAAACAGAUCAUAACGAGUCCAUUCUGAUGGGCCCUGAUCUCCCAGCCCUGGGGCCAAAUGAACCGAUCUACCUCAAUGUCCAGGGACCAAACCAGUGGCCUGAAGAAAGCUCAGUGCCAGGCUUUCGUGCAGCUUUUAGAGAUUAUUACUCGCAGAUUCAAGACUUUUCUGUAGAGUUUACUGCAUUGGUAGCAGAAGCACUGGAGAUGCCCAAAGCCACAUUGACGGCCCUUCUUGGACAGCCAACCUCUAGCCGUUUGAAAGCUACUAGAUAUUUACCGCCGUUCGUGAAUGCAUUUGCACAGGAUGGCAGUUAUGGCAUUGGCCCGCACAAAGACGGCUCUUUUAUGACAUAUCUGCUCCAAGACGGCAAGCACAAUUGUCUUGAGGUCCAAAACAAGUCUGGAGAUUGGGUUCCUGUUCCCCCAUUACCUGGAGCAUUGGUAGUCAACAUUGGUCGCUUGUUGGAAAUCAUUACUCAAGGAGUCUGUGUUGCAACAACCCACCGCGUCGUUCUACGGUCAGAAGCCUUCCUGGAUAGCGACGGGAAGACUCUAGGCCCCAGACUCUCCAUACCCUUCUUCCAAUUCGUCAAUCCUCAUCUCAUGCUAGAGGACCUCACCGUUGAUGUCCCUUUGCACAUCAAGGACCUGGCACCUGACAAGAUGGUGGCUUCAGAUGCAGAGACUUUCUACUCAGGGCUGUUUAACAACUGCAUCGGGGACAACGUCUUUGUGAACCACCUCACGACCUUCCCAAGAGUUGGAGAGAUAUGGUACCCUGACUUGUUGCGACAAGCGCGUGAGAAGCAGGCAGAGUCGAAGCGGCUGGAUCAGCAGAGACAGGCAUAG